AUGCAGUUACGAAGCGUGUAUUAUUCGUAUAUUGGUAGUUCACGGCGAUCGGCUGAACAUGAAACGAAUAGAUUUCAUGUUGGUACUGAAAAUAUUACGUGGUCCAAUGAUUACACUAAACAGGAUCAUCCUGAAAGGUGGCUUCCUAAACCCUCCCAAACAAAAUGCUUGCUCGAUUAUGAGCCAGAUCGAGCGCGAAAAAAUAAUGAUAAUACAAAAGAGGUCAAAACUUGUUCGACUACACCGCGACCAAACAAGAAAUCCGGUUUGAAAACGAUCUGUGCUCACUAA